UGUCAACAAAAGGUCUUCAAGCUCACGAGAGACUAAACAGUCGUCAGAGAUACCCAGAGAGCAUCAAUCAGUCUUGUCCAAGUCCCUUGAGCUUCUUCUCCCCUUUUGCCUUCUUCACAUCCUGUCCGAGUUCCAUUAUACACACUCACACACUCACACACUCACUCUCUCACACAAACAUCACACACACAUCACAAUGGCCGACGUGAGAGUACCGCCCACGGGCGUCUUCGUCCCCGUCCCGACCUUCUUCCACUCGGCCUCGGCCUCGGCCGGCGCCCUCCAGCCCAAGGUCGACAUCGACACGCAGAUCAAGCACAGCGUCUACCUGGCGCAGAACGGCAUCCGCGGCCUGGUCCUCCUCGGCUCGACCGGCGAGGCCAUCCACCUGACCAAGGCCGAGCGCCACGACCUCGUCGCCGGCGUCAAGAAGGGCCUCGAGGACGCCGGGUUCCCCGACUACCCCAUCAUGGCCGGCGUGCUGACCAACGGCAUCGACGAGACGCUUGAGUGGCUCGACGACUACGCGAAGGCCGGCGCCCAGUGGGGUCUGGUGCUCGUCCCGGGCUACUUUGGCGCCGCGGCCAACCAGGAGAACAUCAAGGAGUGGUACACCGUCGUCGCCGACAAGAGCCCUCUGCCCAUCCUCGUGUACAACUACCCCGGCGUCACAAACAACGUCCUCGUCGAGCCCGACACGUACAAGGACCUCGCCCAGCACCCCAAGAUUGUCGGUUGCAAGAUGUCCCACGGAAACGUCUCCCUCCACAUCCAGGUCUCGUCCGACCCGCGCAUCGAGCACGCAAAGUUCCGCGUCUACAGCGGCUUCGGCCAGCAGCUCGCGCCCAUCGUGCUCUUCGGCGCCGCCGGCGUCAUCGACGGCCUCGCCGCCUUCUACCCCAAGACCGUGUCGCGCCUCUUCGCCCUCGCCGAGAAGCGGCCCGUCGAGCAGGGCACCCUCGAGGAGGUCCAGCGCCUGCAGUACGCCGUCAGCCGCGCCGAGGACUUCAUCGGCAAGACGGGCAUCAUCGGCAUCCGCGAGGGCAUCAUCCGCAAGGCCGGCUUCGGCGCCCUCGAGGGCGGACGCCUGCCGCUCAAGGGCCGCUUGCCCGAGGCCACGUGGACGGCGCUGGACUCGCUGCUGCUGGCGGAUAUCGAAAAGAUUGAAAAGUCGCUGUAGAGAGCUGACGGCCGCAGAGUAGGGGCCGCGGGGGGGAGCUAAUGAAUACAUGAU